GAGAGUUGCGCGCGUGCUCUGUCGCCGCCGCUUCAGAGGAGGAGAGACGUUUAUUCAGAAGCUGAAGGAGGGACGAAACGAACGGAGUGAGUGAUCAACAGACGGGAGGAUGAGUGAAUGAAUGAACGAACGAACGGAUUCUUGUGCCGAACCGGUGAGAAGACGCAAACAACGACUUGGACGCCUCCUCACUCUGAGACAACCCCACACAAACCAGUGGAGUGCAGUGAAUCCCAGGCUGCAUCAGCAGAAAUGGCUCCAGCAGCCAUGUCUGUGCCGUCAUCUUCUCUCGCCUCCCUCUGCCCUUCCCGCUUCUCCUCAUCCCUCCUCUUCCUCUUGCUUUCUUUCUCGCUGCUCCUGUCGUGUCCCGGAUCGGUCCACGCGAGUUCACCGCAGAAAAACUGUACAUCUGGUGGAGACCCAUGUGUGGAAGGAGUGGUGCUGCCCGUGUGGAACCCCCAGAACCCCUCUGUGGGGGACAAAGUGGCGCGGGCCAUCGUUUACUUCGUAGCACUCAUCUACAUGUUCUUGGGCAUGAGUAUUAUAGCGGACCGGUUCAUGUCAUCCAUAGAGGUUAUAACCUCCCAGGAGAAGGAGAUCACCAUAAAGAGGCCAAAUGGUGAGACAACCACCACCACAGUGAGGAUCUGGAAUGAGACGGUUUCUAAUCUCACUCUGAUGGCGUUGGGGUCUAGCGCCCCGGAGAUACUGCUGUCUGUUAUUGAGGUGUGUGGUCAUGACUUUGAGGCAGGAUCUCUGGGUCCAAGCACCAUCGUGGGCAGCGCUGCCUUUAACAUGUUCGUCAUCAUCGCCCUGUGUGUGUACGUGGUUCCCGAUGGAGAGACUCGCAAAAUCAAGCACCUUCGGGUGUUUUUUGUCACAGCAGCAUGGAGCAUCUUUGCCUACAUCUGGCUCUACUUGAUUCUGAAUGUCUUCUCACCCGGAGAGGUGGAGGUGUGGGAGGCGGUGCUGACCUUCCUGUACUUCCCGCUGUGCGUGGUCCAGGCCUGGGUGGCUGACCGACGCCUCCUCUUCUACAAGUACGUCCGCAAGCGUUACCGGGCAGACAAGAGCCGCGGCAUCAUCAUUGAGACUGAGGGAGGGGCAGAUGGAGGGUUUGGAGGCAUGGGCGGAGGAGGAGGGGCUCUGGGUCCGGGCGGGUUCACCAAGAUGGACAUGCUGGAGCUGGACGGACAGAUGGCGCUGAACUGUCACAGUGGGAUGGACGGCGGACUGAUGGAGGACGGAGGAGCCAAGGAUGAGGAGGACGAGGCGAGGAGGGACAUGGCGAGGACGCUGAAGGAGCUAAAGCAGAGGCACCCGGACAAAGACAUGGAGCAGCUGAUUGAGAUGGCUAAUUAUCAGGUCCUGAUGCAGCAGCAGAAGAGCAGAGCGUUCUAUCGUAUCCAGGCGACCAGGAUGAUGAUCGGAGCCGGCAACAUCCUUAAGAAGCACGCUGCCGACCAGGCUCGCAAGGUGGUGAGCAGCCAUGAGACCCAAGCCCAGGAGGACGACCCUCACACCAUCAGGAUGGAUUUUGAACCCUCUCAGUACCAGUGCUUUGAAAACUGUGGUUCCUUGAAACUGACAGUUGGCAGACACGGAGGAGACCCUGGAGUUACUGUGAAGGUGGAUUAUCGCACGGAGGACGGUACAGCAAACGCAGGUUCCGAUUAUGAGUUUGCGGAGGGAACACUGAUGUUUAAGCCCGGCGAGACCCUCAAAGAGAUCACAGUUGGAGUGAUUGACGAUGACAUCUUUGAGGAGGAUGAGUAUUUCUACGUCCACCUCAGUAACCCAAGGGUGGCUGGUUAUCCUGAGAUUGGCACAGUGCCUCUGGAUACCAGUGUCGCGCCCAAAGCCGUGCUGGGUGACAACCACACAGCCACAGUGACCAUCUAUGAUGACGAUCAUGCAGGUAUCUUUACCUUUGAGAGUGCCAGUCAGAGGGUGAGUGAGAGCGUAGGUGUGAUGGAAGUGAAGGUGCUGAGGACUUCAGGAGCCAGAGGCCUGGUAGCCGUCCCCUAUCGCACCCUGGAUGGCACCGCAAGAGGUGGGGAAGACUACGAACUGUCUGCGGGCAAGCUGGAGUUUCAGAACGACGAGACGAUGAAGAUCAUUGAGGUGAAGAUAAUCGAUGAUGAAGAGUAUGAGAAAAACAAGAGUUUCAUCAUCGAGCUGGGGGAACCGGUUCUGUUGGAGAUUGGACAGAAACACGGUGACUCCAAUGAAAACAAGCCUUUAGUGGGAGCUGAGGAUGAAGAGGUGGCUAAAAUGGGCUGUCCCAGUCUGGGUGAACACACACAAGUAGAAGUGGUCAUAGAAGAAUCCUACGAGUUUAAGAAAGCAGUGAAUACACUAUUUGGCAGAGCUGAAAAGAGUACGGUAGAUAAGCUGAUCAAGAAGACAAACCUGGCUUUGGUGGUGGGCAGCAGCAGCUGGAGGGAGCAGUUUGUCAAUGCUGUGACAGUCAGUGCAGGAGAUGACGAUGAAGAGGAGAGCGGCGAGGAGCGGCUGCCGUCGUGCUUCGACUACAUCAUGCACUUCCUCACUGUUUUCUGGAAGGUUCUGUUUGCCUUCGUCCCGCCCACUGAGUACUGGAACGGCUGGGCCUGCUUCAUUGUGUCAAUAUCGCUCAUUGGCGUCCUGACGGCAGUCACCGGCGAUCUGGCGUCACACUUUGGCUGCACGAUAGGGCUGAAGGACUCGGUGACGGCCGUGGUGUUUGUGGCGCUGGGAACAUCAGUGCCAGACACAUUUGCCAGCAAAGUCGCGGCAAUCCAGGACCAGUACGCCGACGCCUCCAUCGGCAAUGUCACAGGCUCCAAUGCCGUCAACGUCUUCCUGGGUAUCGGCGUGGCGUGGACCAUCGCAGCCGUCGCCUGGCGCACCAGGGGCAAAACCUUCCGCGUGGACCCGGGCAACCUGGCCUUCUCCGUCACCCUGUUCACCAUCCUGGCUAUGGUGUGUGUGGUCACACUGCUGUACCGGCGGCGGGCCAAUGUGGCCGGCGGCGAGCUGGGCGGGCCACGGACUUGCAAAUUGCUAACGUCACUGAUGUUCAUCUCGCUGUGGCUGGUUUACAUCCUGCUGGCUUCACUGGAGGCCUACUGCCAUAUACCACUGUUUUAAACGGAGAGGUGAGCGGAGGGAGAGAGACCCACUGCCAACAUGAAGAGGACAGAAGGAGGAAACACGCACAGAGAUGAGGAGAGGAGGGAAAUAUUUGGGAGCUUUUUUCCAGUGGAAUCAGCAAAUCUUCAAAUUGACUUUGUACAAGCCCAAAAUAGCCUUUUUUCUUUUUUGUUUGAGUUUUUGCCUCCUCAGCGUGUAACAUCAUGAUAAACAUGGAGGCCCUACCAUCAACGUCUUGGAUGCAUCAACAGCUAAAUUAAGACUGAUUCACAGCAUUAAUGACAAAUAUUAUUGCAAUAUGUUCCAGGAUUCUCCCAAACAGCCAAUCAGCCAGCGGAGCAAGGAUGAUAAGAGAAAAGAAGCUGGAGGCAACAAAACUAAAGACAAACAUGGCUCUUUAUAACAUUAAUGGAAAGACGACAGGAAGGAAGGACUCCCUCCUCAGUUCCUCUUGGAUCUCCUGUCGUAACUGGAUCCCAAUGUCAUGGGAACAGUGGAUCCUCCCAUCAUACAGUUGAACGACUGCAGUGAUUUAUGACCUUCAACUUCCCUCUGUGCGCACACACACACACACACACACACACACACACACACACUUGGGGACCCUCAGUUGAUCCUACAACAGAGGACGACUCACUUGUGGGCAAG